UGGAUACCCAGUAGCUCCAGCAUCAGGCUUUGCACGAGGUGCCGGGAUAAGCCAAGAGAAGGAUCUCCAUCCUUUGGUAGAAACCAGAUCUGGUGUGCUAUACCUGCCUCCAGUAAUGAAUGACUCAACAGACUCCAACUUCUCCUGCUAUAACCCUUCCAUUGUGGAGUACCGCUACUUUGGAGUGACAUGGGGAAUCAUUGUGUCUGUAGUGGGCACAGUUGGAAAUGUACUGACUGUGCUGGCAUACCUUUUGGAUAAGAAAUUACAGACACGUUUUAAUUUGCUCAUUGUCAAUCUGACAUUGGCUGACCUCCUGUAUUGUACAUUUCUUCAGCCCUUCUCAAUAGAUGCAUACCUCCACCUUUACUGGAGAAGUGGUGCCACCUUCUGUCGAGUGUUUGGGAUGUUGCUUUUUGUCUCCAAUUCAGUGUCCAUCCUGAACUUGUGUCUUAUUGCUGUCAGCCGUUACAUUCUAAUUACCAACAAUAAACUCUUUGACAGAAUCUUCUCCAGGCUUGGAACAGCACUCAUUCUUCUGGCAACCUGGGUGGUAGGCUUUGCUAGCUUUGCACCACUCUGGCCUGUUUUCGUUUUAGUACCUAAAGUAUGCACCUGCAGCUUCCAUCGCAUUAAAGGAAGACCUUACACAACCAUUCUCAUGGCAUUUUAUUUUGUUAUUGGCCUCAGUUGCAUUGGUGUCUUUUAUUUCCUUAUUCACCGCAAAGUUAAAUCUGCUGCCAAGGCCUUGGACCAAUACAAACUUUCAAUCAAGCCAAAAACCAAAGAACAGGUUGUUGACAUCAAUUCAACCACCCCAGGCUCAUAUCAUGACAUGGACAGUGGAGUAGAUACUGCAGCUUCCAGUGAGAUCAUUUCAGAACAGGUUCUGUCCUCCAAAAGUAACAUCUCUUCACAAUCUACCGAUCAUGGAAGAUCUGUCACACUGUCCCAGCCCAAGGACACCGGUUCCGACUUCAAAAAAGUCACACGGAUGUGCUUUGUGGUCUUUAUUUUCUUUGUGGUCAGCUACAUCCCGUUUCUACUACUCAACAUCUUUGAUGCUAAAAGCAGAGCCCCACAGAUGCUUCACAUGAUGGCUGCGAAUCUUACCUGGCUUAAUAGUUGCAUCAACCCAAUUCUUUAUGCAGCCAUGAACCGUCAAUUCCGUGAUGCUUACAGAAGAGUUCUUACGUUAACCAUGAGCAAGAUAACAAGAUCAUAAAGAAACCACCAUGUGGUUGGUUGUUCCUUUUUUAUUUUUUUAAACAAACUGGUGUCAUUUAUGAACUCUGGUGUUUAUAUUUAAAGCACAUACAAAUACUUAACUCUUAACAAAAGAGGUAUUUUGACAUAUGAAUGGCAGAAUUUUUUUUCACUAAUGUAUUGCAGAACAUUCCAUUGUACCUUAGUUUCCCUUACUCUAAAUAUGUGUAAAAAUGUAUAUAAAAUGAAUAUUUCUAAAUGUACAUAAUAAAUCUUUAUAUUAUUGUUA